UUUAAGAGAAAAACUAACCUACCAUGGGAUAAAAACAAACUCAAAAAUAAGAUUGAUUGGAUGAGAGAUAGAUGGACUUUAUGGAAGCAAUUGAAGUCCAAAGCUACCGGAUUAGGGUGGGAUCACUUAAAGGGAACUAUUGGGGCUACCGAUGAAUGGUGGACAUUAAGAAUUGAGGAAAAUCCAAAGUUGGAACAAUUUAGAAAAGAAGGAAUUGAGCCAGAGCUUGAAUGUAAAUUUGAACAAAUUUUUGGGAGUUAUGCGAAUGGGAAUCUUAAGUACACCCCAGUAUCUAGUAUGCCACAACAAACUUUGCAAGAUGGAGUUUGUGACAUGCCUGUUCUGUCUCCACCUAAUACCCAUACUCCCCGUGUUAGUGUUGAUGAGACACAUGAGAACUACUACAAGGACAAUAACUCUACAAGAAAUGAGUCUUGGAAUGAUAUGUGGAGAGAUCUUAGCCCUAGCCCUACCUCUUCUCAUGUAGCUCCCCAUGAUGAUACUUAUAUAGAAAGGGACAUCACAAAAAAGGGUAAGAGAGUUUUGGAGGGCGACUCGUCUCAAAACACUAAGAAUGCAAAAGCAAAAAAAAGUGCGGCUUCAACUUUUCAGGAAAUGUUUAGUGGUAUGAUGCAACAAUUUGAAAUGAGAAAUAAAGUUGUUGAGGAAGUUGCUACUUCAGUGAAGAACAUGACUAAUGCGAAUAUGAGUGUUCUGAAUUCAAUGGAUGCCCAUACGUCAAAGUAUAGUAUUGAAGAUGUUAUGGCAAAGUUGUGUUGUUUACCUGAUCUUGAUCCACUUGCUCCCGAGUUUUUGUUUGCUUGCUCACUUUUGGAGGAUCCCCAAAAGAGGACUAUUUUGUUCAACUUACCGCAUGAUGAGAGCCGAGUUGCCUAUAUUCGGUUCAUGUAUAUUGAGCACAAGAAAAGUGUGACCAUUUAGACGUUUAGACAUUUAAAAUUUCUUAAGUUGAAC